ACAGACUUUGCCCUACACAACUCAUAACAGGAAGCAGAGGAGUGCCAACGGUUUGUUGAGAGAUACAAUAUGAACAGAGAGCAGCCUCCCCCUCCAUACAACCCCUAUUACCCUCCGCAAUAUCCUAAUGCAACACAGGGCAACAUUGGGCAGCCCACCGCUGGCAUGAUGCCCCCCGUUGUUGAACAUGUCAAUAUGGGGAUUCCAGACAGCGCUCCCCCUGAAUACACCCUUGGAUUUGAAGAUGAAAACUGCUUUUCAGAUGCUACCAUAAGAAGAGGUUUCAUAAGAAAAGUGUAUCUGACACUUAUGGUUCAACUAUUAACAACUGUUGGAAUCAUCUGUGCUUUUCUUUACUGGGAGACACUCAAGGAUUGGGUGAGAGGCACAUACUGGUUUACCUACACUAUGAUGUGUGCAACAUUUGUUCUAAUCAUUGUGCUCAUCUGUUGUGGUGACAUACGUCGCAAAGUUCCCUUAAACUUCAUCUUCUUAGCGCUGUUUACAAUCACAGAAGGCUUUCUCCUUGGAUCAGUGGUAGUGUACUAUUCAGCAGAGGCAGUGCUCUGGGCAGUGGGUGCAACUGCUUUGGUGUCUCUUGCAAUGAGUUUGUUUUCACUGCAGUCUAAAUGGGACUUCACAGCUCUGUCAGGGAGCAUAUGGGUAUUAUGCUGGACGCUGUUUUCAUUUGCAUUACUCUGUGCAAUUCUGAGAUCACAGUAUCUGUACAUCCUUUACGCAUCACUGGGAACUUUGAUCUUCUCUAUGUACCUGGUGAUGGACACGCAGCUCAUACUGGGCGGAAAGCACAAAUACAGCAUCAAUCCAGAAGAGUACAUCUUUGCUGCUCUGAACUUGUACCUUGAUAUUAUCACAAUUUUCUUAUUAUUGCUUCAAUUAAUUGGACUUUGUCAUUGAUGUGGUUAUGAGCAUCAUGAUUGCUGCCCCACUCAACACCUGUCUCAUGUAGACUGUGUUUUUUGAGACACAUUUUUACUCAAUUUUUUCAAACAUAGCUUCAUUUUGUCUGCAACAUAAUAGAAGUUAAACUGAAUUUUGCUUAAUGUAUGUAAAUCAGGCAAAACAGCUAUCAGUAAAAUAGCUAAAACAUUGAGGGGAAAAAAGGUGGUGCAACAAUUUUCAAAUCGCUAGUAAAUUUCACAAAUAAUUACAAAGAAACAGCAAGUAACACAUUGAAUUUUAAGUAGAGCAUAUUUAUAAAACAUACUCAAAUGAUCUUUAUAUUUGCAAUUUCAAAAUGAUUUUUUUCGGUGCAGUUUAAUAGUAAAAUAUCUAUUACAUUAAGUGAAAUAGCUAGUAAAUAGAUAUCAGUUUUUUUUUUUUGUAGUGUAAAGUGUAAAGAACAAUGUUAUAAAAGUUACAUGGGAUAUGAAUAUGCAGUAAGCUCUGGGUUUUUGAGACACAUUUUACUAACACUGUUUAAAACAUGACUCCAUAGUGUCUGUAACAUGUAUUAAAUGUCCACUGUCAUGUCACUGUGCUUUAAUGGAUUUCACU